UCUACUGGCGAUCGUCCUGAGUCCAUGCUUUGGGUAACACGUAAGGCUACGUAGCCCCCCAAACGGGCGCUGUCACUUGGAUACGACUGGUGGUGGCUAGGACAAGCGUCUGCGAAUCCAUGGCGCGCGGAGCGGUCUGCUCGAGAUCUUGUGUUCACCAAUACGCCUGUUGGCUUUGGCUGGUCUACAUCCCCCCGGGAGCCGCGAUCAGAUCGGAUGAGCUCUUGGAUUUGAAAUCAUCCCAUGUCCACGCCUCCCACCGCCUGUACGCGGCCUCAAGUAGCCUCUGCCAUGGCGGUAUCAAACGUGGCACGGCACAUGAAAUGCCGACCAACAGCGCUUUGCUCCACUCCCAGCCGGCAUCUGCUAAGGCUGCACGCACGCCUCGGGGCGCCGGCCCCUCCUUUUGGACCUAUAUUUGAGUAUUCUUGUUUUGACGUAUCUGUGAGUGAAUUCUGCUCCCGUGCACAGAUCUGACCACCGUCUUUAGCCACAUCUUCGGAAUCGGAGCACAAGUUAUCGCUUGAACCAAGAUGCUCUCCAUCUUCGGCGCCACUACUGUGGAGAAACAUCCAGAUCUGA